UGUUUACAGGGAGAUUGCAGACAAUCCCAAUAUGGCGUCCAUUCCAGCCAACGCAUUCCAGGGGCUGGGCAAUGGUUUCCUGACCUUAAAACUCUACAACAACGGAUUCACCGAAUUGAAGAAAUUUGCGUUCAAUGGCACCAACCUAACAACUGUGGACUUGCACAAUAAUCAACAGUUGGGUGGACUCCACGAAGAGGUCUUUACUGGUGUACUGAGCGGCCCCACCACACUGGACAUCUCAAGGACAGCCGUCUCAUCCCUCCCCUCCAAGGGGCUGGAGAACCUAAGGCAUCUGUUGGCCAGGAGUACCUGGUACCUGAAGAAACUCCCCCCUCUGAACACCUUUGUUCACCUAGAGAUAGCUGACCUGUUUUACCCCAGCCAUUGCUGUGCCUUUACCAACUGGACCAAGAAGAAGAGUGAUCUGGAGGCCUUUCUAUGCAACCGGACAUCUGUGCAGAACACCCACAAGAAGCGUUCUUUGAGGACCUACACAGGCAUUGGCCCGUACUUCCAAGACUACAUGGAUGGAGAUUCUGACCAGACUGAGAAUAACAAAUUUGCAGACUUUCACAGCAGCAGGCAUUACUCCGUCUUCUAUGAGGACCAGGGGGAAGAAGAGGUGGGCUUUGGGCAGGAGAUAAAGAACGUCCAGGAGCAUUAUACGCAAGCUUUCGAGAAUCAUUAUGAGUAUAUUAUCUGUGGCGGCAAUGAGAAGUUGGUGUGUACUCCGGAACCUGAUGAGUUCAACCCAUGUGAGGACAUCAUGGGGUACAACUUCCUGCGGAUCGUAGUGUGGUUUGUCAAUCUCCUAGCCAUUUUGGGCAAUGCGUUUGUCUUGUUCAUUCUGGUCACAAGCCAUUACAAGCUGACUGUGCCCCCCGCUUUCUCAUGUGUAACUUGGCUUUUGCUGACUUCUGCAUGGGCAUCUACCUUCUCCUCAUAGCCUCAGAGGACCUCCACACCCGCUCCGAAUACUACAACUACGCCAUUAACUGGCAGACAGGAGCAGGCUGUAACACAGCAGGGUUCUUUACUGUCUUUGCUAGCGAGCUCUCGGUCUACACCCUGACAGUCAUCACUUUGGAGCGUUGGUAUGCAAUAACGUUUGCCAUGCGCCUAGAUCGCAAGAUUCGCCUCAGACACGCCUCGUUCAUUAUGCUGGGUGGAUGGGCCUUCUGCUUUUUUUUUGGCUCUUCUGCCAUUGGUUGGGAUUAGCAGCUAUGUGAAGGUCAGUAUCUGCUUACCGAUGGACACAGAAACAGUGUUGUCCCAGGCCUACAUCAUCUUUGUUUUAAUGCUCAACAUCAUAGCGUUCGUUAUAAUCUGUGCUUGCUACAUCAAGAUCUACAUCACCGUACGAAACCCCCACUACAAAUCUGGGGACAAAGACACAAAAAUCGCAAAGCGCAUGGCGGUUCUCAUCUUCACAGACUUCCUCUGCAUGGCGCCAAUUUCCUUCUAUGCCUUGUCUGCCGUAACGAACAAGCCACUCAUCACAGUAUCCAACUCGAAGAUCCUUCUGGUGCUCUUCUACCCCCUUAAUUCCUGUGCCAACCCUUUCCUGUAUGCCAUCUUUACCAAGGCCUUCCGAAGAGAUGUCUUCAUUCUUCUUAGCAAAUUCGGCAUUUGUGAACACCAAGCCCAGGUGUAUCGUGGACAGACUGUGUCGGCAAAAAACAGCAGUGGCUCUUAUGGUCCAAAAAGCAGCGGCAGUACUGGACAGACUCUGGCCAACGUUCCCGACUUCCUUAGAAAAGAGCAGUCAGUACCGGGAACUCAGUUGGGCCUACUUGAUAACAACUGCCAGACUGUGUUGUAA